CUCUGUUUCAGUUAAUAGGUGUGGCUUAGUAUCUCUUGCACAUACAGGGAUAUUAAGCUUCAGAGAAAGUAAUAUCAUGGCUCGAGCUAUGGUGCAAUUUUUUAGUGCAUCCGUAAUGAUAUUAUUAAUGAUGGGGCAAUUGGCAGAGGCAGCCAGAAAAUUAUCAGACGACGAUGGCAACAGUCCUGGCAGCUCAGGAAGCUCUGCUACAUGUAACAAUGAUAAGUACAAGGAAUGUCACAACCUGGUUCAUGUUUGCCCCAAAAAGUGUGGCGAUAGUGGUUGUCACGUCCACUGUCGUUCAUGCAAACCCAUUUGUGGUCCUGACGAUGGAUCAUCCGAUGAUGAUGAUGACGAGCCAACUACUCCAGCACCAACUCCUGUAACCCCUACACCAAUAUAUCCAACUCCAGUAACACCAUCUCCAACUCCGGUUACUCCAGCACCAACUCCUGUAACCCCCACACCUGUCUAUCCAACUCCAACUCCGGUAACUCCAGUGACACCAUCUCCAACUCCGGUAACUCCAACUCCAACUCCAGUGACACCAUCUCCAACUCCGGUUACUCCAACUCCAGCUCCAGUGACACCAUCUCCAACUCCGGUUACUCCAACUCCAGUGACACCAUCUCCAACUCCAGUUACUCCAAGUCCAGUAACACCAUCUCCAACUCCCGUAACCCCCACACCUCCCACCGUGCCAACUCCAAGUCCCGUAACCCCUACACCACCUACCGUGCCAACACCAAGUCCUGUAACGCCUACACCAUCUACCCCUACAUAUCCACCUGGUUCUGGUGUUUCAGCAAAAAAGAGAUCUAGGUGUAGAAACUCCAAAUACCCUAAAUGCUACAAUGUUGAACAUGCUUGCCCGGCUGCUUGCCCAACUGGAUGUGUUGUGGAUUGUGUUUCCUGCAAACCCAUGUGCAGUUGUGAUCAGCCAGGAGCUGUUUGUCAGGACCCGCGCUUUGUAGGCGGUGAUGGCAUUACCUUCUACUUCCAUGGGAAACAAAACCGUGAUUUUUGCCUUCUAUCAGACUCUAAUCUCCACAUAAACGGUCAUUUCAUUGGUAAAAGAAACCAAAACAUGAACAGAGACUUCACCUGGGUCCAAGCUAUUGGUGUCCUCUUCAACGACCACCAAAUUUACGUCGGUUCACAAAAGACAGCCACUUGGGACGAUUCGGUCGACCGUAUUGCACUUUCUUUUGAUGGACAACCCAUAUAUUUGCCUGAACUGGAAGGUGCUAAGUGGCAAUCUGAAGUUGAUUCAAGUAUCAGCAUAACUAGGUCCGGCGUAACUAACAGAAUCAUUAUUGAAGUUGAAGGAAACUUCAAGAUAACUGCUAAUGUAGUGCCCAUCACUGACGAAGAAUCUAGGAUUCACAACUACGCUAUAACAAGCGAAGAUUGCUUUGCUCAUCUUGAUCUAGCUUUCAAAUUUUACUCGUUGAGUGAAGAUGUGAAUGGCGUCUUGGGACAAACUUAUGCAAAGAACUAUGUCAGUGGAGUGAAGAUGGGCGCGGCUAUGCCUGUCAUGGGCGGAGAUAAUAAGUUUAUCACUUCAAAUCUCUUCGCAAAAGAUUGCGCUGUAGCUAGAUUCAUAGGCAGCGAGUCUAAUGACGGUGGGUCUUCUUCCGAGUACGGCAGCCUAAAUUGCAGUAGUGGAAUCGACGGAACUGGAGUGGUCUGCAAAAGAUAGAGAGAGAUCAAACUAUAUCCUGAAGUCCUAAAUGCAUGCCUACAGUUUUCAAUAUGUUUGAAUAAGAGACGCGCGCCAACUAUAUCCCGUACUAUAAAGAUGGUACAUGAUUCAUUAUAUGCCCGAGAACACUUACAAUUAGUGCAGGUGUACUUUUUGUUUGUAAUUUCUGUAUUUGUCUUUCGAUUUUGUUAUUUUGUUCCUUA